UUUUAAAAAGUAUUGCAAUGCUUGUAACAUUGUGCUGCUCUGGUAUUAUUUGGAUUUUUAUGUCUCCCUACUGGUGUGGGGCUUGGUGCACAUGGCCCAGAGCUAUGGGCAUUUUUUCAUCACAGUUUGAUGAAAAACAGUUGAUUAAACCACAGUUUGGGUGGUUUAAUCUGUAGAGAAAAGUGACACAUGGAAGAUUUUGACUGUGGCCAGAUAGCUUCACCUGAUGUCCCAUUUUGUCUUUCACAAUUUUAAAGUACAUUGGUUUGUAGCCAAAAUGCCUUAUUUCAAUCAUGAGGCUACAGGUCUCCCAUUGUUAUUGUUUUUCCACAUCCUUCUGUUUACCAGAACACGCAAAACCAGAUAAUUUGAAUUCUGGGAAUUAAAAAUACUGUGGUAUUAGAAUUGGUGAAUAAGUUGCCCAUCCCAAGAUAUCUCAGAAUCCCUGGGUCAGUGUUAGAGUCCCUUUACAUAUAGUACCCUUUGAUGUAGCAAACACAUUAAGCUUUUUUCUUUUUCUGUUUACACAUAUGUUAGGAAACUGUACUUAGUGAGGGAUUCCCAAUGCACUUGACAGAUGUAAUAUCAGACAAUGGUUUGACAAAUGAGAACAAAUCUGUGUACUUAUACAUCCCCAUCUCCUCUGUCCACUGUUUCCUGGUUUUCAUGAACCAUUAUGAAACUGCCAAUUUGGCUGUCAUGACAAACUAUAAUUACAGCUACAUCUCCAAACUACAAUCUGCAAACCUACUGCAAAAUAUAGUUUUAAAAUUGUGAUUUAGAGACAAGCUGCUAACCAAUGAUUGUCAGUCUUGGACAUCAGUGGCAAAUCCUAUUUGCAAAACUAGUAGAAGAAAUCCACAGAAUAAGGUUGUGCGUCAAUGCACCAUAUAUGCAUACUGUGAAAUAUGUACAACUAAUAACAAAUCACAAUCUAUAUAUAAAAUUUCAUGAAAUCAAAUAGAGAGAGGAGCUCCACAUACGACAAGCAUCAUGAAAUGAUCCUGAGACACACUAUAAAGAAGUUAAAGGGAAUUCAAUAUGGAAAUAAGUUACCAUUUGCUGGAAUCAUGAACAUAGGAAGAUGUGUUAUACUGCCAAGACCAUGGUUUCCACUCAGACCAGUACUGUUCACUCUUAACUGGCAACAGCACUCUAAAAUUUCCUGCACAAAUGUUUCCCAACUCUGAUACCUGACACCCUCUGAAAGGGAGAUAUUGAAGCUGAACCUGGGAUAGUCAUCAGGCAAAGAACACCCUCUAUCAGUGAGCUUUGCCCCAUGUCUCAUUAACCAUUAAUGCAAUCACCACCAUUACAAAGGACUAUCUUCCCUCAAGAUUGAACUACAAACACCUAUACUGUAGUUUGCACAGGCAUUAUAAAAGUUUACUUCCUGGAAAGGCUCCAUCCACUCCCACUGUGACAGCUGCUGUAUUGUGUUCUGCCUUCAAGUUAAAAUGACACCAGACAACUUUCUAUUUCAACACCAUUUAGAAGAACUAGUGGAUUACAACAGUAUGUAUGUGAAAUCCUGUCCACAAAUACCUUUAAAUUACUAAUAAGGAAGUUAAAGUGGUGUUGUUUUUAAAAAAAUGAGUUGGCAAGUCUGUCUUGACAUGUUACAACAAUGGAAAUACACUAUCUAAUCCCCCCACCACUCCCUUUCUCUUUCACAUUAGCACUUUCAGAGAAAGAGAGAAACUGGGUACAGGAAAAAAUAACACAGGUUUCAAAGAUGCAUGUAAAAUCCUGAAAGAGCAACAUGAAUCUAUAACAGCCUAACUCGCAUUACUCUGCUGUAGACUCCAACUGUCCUAUUUAUCAGGGAUCAUCUAUCCAUCUAUUGCUAGAAAAUCAGUGUUCCCAACAAUGCGUUUGGGUUGGGGUUUUGAUAAAAUAUUAUACAACAAUUAAAUUGAUUUUUCUAGCCAAUGUGCUAAGAACAGAUCCCGCUUUGCUUUUAAAUCAAUGCAGAACAGAUCAUGACAGAAAUCAUUAGCAGGAGCUUUGGAAGUCUCUUUUGUCAUCAGCAGAGAAGGAUACUCCUAUCUGUUGAGCCGUGCUGGCUGGGGACUUCUGGUAGUUAGAGUCCAAAAAUGUGAUUUCCCUACACUCUGCCUGUGAUAUGCUGGUGACAAGCAGUGGGCCAAAGGGCUGCACUUCUUGUUCUGCCAUGGGGUGACCUUGGAUGUAGGUGUCACUUAGUUUUUCCACAAGCCCCAGCUUUUUAUACGUUCCUCUUUGACUAGCUUAUGCCACUUGCAAAGGAACUGCUCUGUAAAGGCUGCCACAACCAUUCCUUUAAAUGGUCAAACUGAUAAAGAGGCUGGCUGCUCAUGCUGAAUUCAAGGAGGACUAAAAAUAGAUGGGCUGUGAUUCACACAGUUUGAUCUGGGCAUCAUUUUUUGAUCUGGAAAUAUUGCUGGUCACAAAUUUCAAACACUUCAGAGCGUCUAUAGUCAUUCUGUGGGCAAAGAGUGAUGUUGAGACACAAACUACUUUUUGUGUGACAUUUAUGAGAAAACAGCUUUAAAAGUCUUCAUUGAUGUGCAGAAAUUGCUGCCUCUUGUUGCUGUGCUUAUUUGCUUCCCAGUGACAGUGCUGUGACAAAACUGCUUACAGGUCUGCCUAAUCCAGAAUGAUGUUGUGGUUUCUCCCAUUACUUAUCACUGUUAACACAACCUUUUGGAUUCUACAAUGCAACCAGUGCCACCCUUCUAUUCUAUAUAACUACCACACAGAGCGAUUUACAAACCUCACUACGGUGUACAUAAUGUCCAUUAUGCAAUCUAUUCUUGGCUCUGUUAGUUACUUGGCAGCAGGCUGCAAUCGGAAAGCACGCGUGAUUCUGUUUUGCUCAGAAAACCUUGCGUCCACCUUUCAGGGACUUUCUCCUCCCCUUCCUCCCUCCUCCCCUUCUCCAUAUCAUCCAACGACUGAUGUGAGUGCUGAACAUUUGCAGAUUGAGCGGAUCCUUAAGGCACAUAUUAAGAUACUUGCUUCUAUGUACAUGUUUACAUAGUAAACCUAUCCCUUAUGAGCCUCUAGGCAAACACUAUUCUAUGGGGAAUGGUUUUCUGAUGUUUUUCUUAGGCCCGCACAGGCAGCCCCCACAGAAGAACAGUAUGACUAAGGGAGAGAUAGGGCUGAGCAGCAAAAUGGAUGCAUCUUCCCUCAAGCACUUCACAGAAAGGACUUCAACAGAAUGAAGUCUGGGAAAGGGACAGUCUUUCGACCUGAAAUCCUGGACAUGCCAUGUUGCAUACAUCCAGCAUCUAAACGUUCAAGAAUGGAUACCUCACUUCUGAGGUCUAAGGAAACAUACUCGUACAUUGAGAAGCUUAGGACAUUUCAACAAAGUCAAACAGAACAAGAGUAAUUUCACAGAACUAUGGUCAAAAGAAAGCAUCUGGAUUGCAAAAGAUGAACCUACUUGAGUCAGCAAAAUCUGGGUUUUACGUAUGCAUCAUGGGGUGCAUCUUCAUCUUUGCCUUUAUUUAUAUAAGGAAUACCAGACCCAAGGAGGAGCAAGAUGCCUUCUUUGAAUUACCAGAAUGUAGCUCUUAUCCAGAUGAGCUCUGCUCAGCCCUCUUUCAAGGGAAAAAAGCUGCUCCUCAAAUUGGCCAUUUAUGUGAGGAACAUCAUCACACAAAAGAAAUGCUCACCUGCACACAAACCCCUUGCAAUUGCUCAACACUCCAGAAGCAACUCCACUUCAUUACAAGUCCACUGUCAGAAGAAGAAGGGAACUUCUCUUUGGCAUAUAUCAUCACCAUUCACAAGGAACUGGAUAUGUUCAUUAAAUUACUCAGAGCCAUUUAUCUGCCUCAGAAUAUUUACUGUAUACACAUUGAUGAAAAGUCACCAGAGGAUUACAAGAUGGCUGUGGAAACCCUGGUUAACUGCUUUGGAAACAUUUUUAUUGCAUCAAAGAGAGAAACUGUUGUUUAUGGAGGAUUUUCCAGAUUACAGGCAGAUAUCAACUGUAUGAAGGAUUUGAUUCAUUCAAAAAAUCAAUGGAAUUAUGUUAUUAAUUUGUGUGGACAGGAUUAUCCUAUCAAAACCAACAAAGAACUAAUUCAAUAUAUUAAAAGCAAAUGGAAUGGUAAAAAUAUGACUCCGGGAGUUGUUCAACCACCGCACAUAAAAUAUCGAACACAUGUGAGUUAUAAAGAAUAUGUACAUUCAGGAAAAUCUAAAGUUUACCCAACGAAGAAUAAGAAAGGGGAGCCACCACAUAAUUUGACUAUAUAUUUUGGGGGUGCCUACUACAUACUCACUAGAAAAUUUGUAGAGUUUACACUGACUGAUCCACGUGCAAAAGAUUUGCUUGAAUGGUCAAGGGACACCUAUAGUCCAGAUGAGCAUUACUGGGUCACCCUGAACCGCUUACCAGAUGCUCCAGGUUCUACACCAGAUUUACAGUGGGAAGGAAACAUACGAGCUAUCAAGUGGAGAGAUCAUGAAGGAAAAUAUCAUGAUGGCUGCAAAGGCCAUUAUGUCAGAGACAUUUGUGUGUAUGGCCUCGGAGACUUAAAGUGGAUUAUUGACUCUUCUGCUCUGUUUGCCAACAAAUUUGAGCCAGGAACUUAUCCACUUGUUAUGGAAUGCCUAGAGAGGCAUUUGAGGAUGAAAGUACUCCAACAGGCUGAAGUCCCAUUAGAAGCACACUGGCAUUUGCAAGGACAUGAAAGUGAACAUCCAAAUGAACCAUGAACAAUAUCCGGAAGGCAAAACAAAACAAAUGGAAGUUUUUUGAUUUUUAAAUUAAAACAACUGUACACAUUCCAAAGAACAAGAGUUGUGGAUUCUGGGCAAUCACAUUGGUCAACAACAAUGAAAAUAAAAGAACUUCUUCACAGAAUAAAGAAUCACUGUGGACUGAAUUUGAUAUCAUUAUCCUGACUUCUCUAGAGCCAUCCCACCCUCAAACAUUCCAACAGGAGCAUAUGUGUGGCUGACCAGUUUCCCAAUUAAUUAAACAAGUAUUGUUGCUUUGAUUAAAUAGAGCCCUAGCCUUCUAAAAGGUUGAACAGUAUUUUAAGAAUAUGAGUACUGUAUAUACUCGACUAUAAAAAAAAAAGUUUUUUUA